AUGAUGAACAACAGCAGCUACUCAGAGGCCGCCGGCCUCGGCCUGGGCGACGAGGUGGACGACAUGCCGUCCACGGAGAAGGACCUGGCCGAGGACGCGCCGUGGAAGAAGAUCCAGCAGAACACGUUCACGCGCUGGUGCAACGAGCACCUGAAGUGUGUGGGCAAGCGCCUGACCGACCUGCAGCGAGACCUCAGCGACGGGCUGCGCCUCAUCGCGCUGCUCGAGGUGCUCAGCCAGAAGCGCAUGUAUCGCAAGUUCCACCCGCGCCCCAACUUCCGCCAGAUGAAGCUGGAGAACGUGUCCGUGGCCCUCGAGUUCCUGGAGCGCGAGCACAUCAAGCUCGUGUCCAUCGACAGCAAGGCCAUUGUGGAUGGGAACCUGAAGCUGAUCCUGGGUCUGAUCUGGACGCUGAUCCUACACUACUCUAUCUCCAUGCCCAUGUGGGAGGAUGAGGAGGAUGAGGACGCCCGCAAGCAGACGCCCAAGCAGCGUCUGCUCGGCUGGAUCCAGAACAAGGUGCCCCAGCUGCCCAUCACUAACUUCAACCGUGACUGGCAGGAUGGUAAAGCUCUGGGCGCCCUGGUGGACAACUGUGCCCCUGGCCUGUGCCCUGACUGGGAAGCCUGGGACCCCAACCAGCCUGUGGAGAACGCCCGGGAGGCCAUGCAGCAGGCGGACGACUGGCUCGGGGUGCCCCAGGUGAUUGCCCCCGAGGAGAUUGUGGACCCCAACGUGGAUGAGCAUUCUGUCAUGACCUACCUGUCCCAGUUCCCCAAGGCCAAACUCAAACCUGGUGCCCCUGUUCGCUCUAAACAGCUGAACCCCAAGAAGGCCAUCGCCUACGGGCCUGGCAUCGAGCCCCACGGCAACACUGUGCUACAGCCUGCCCACUUCACCGUGCAGACGGUGGAUGCCGGCGUGGGCGAGGUGCUGGUCUACAUUGAGGACCCUGAGGGCCACACCGAGGAGGCCAAAGUGGUUCCCAACAAUGACAAGAACCGCACCUAUGCUGUCUCCUAUGUGCCCAAGGUUGCGGGGUUGCACAAGGUGACUGUGCUCUUUGCUGGCCAGAAUAUCGAACGCAGUCCCUUUGAGGUGAACGUGGGCAUGGCUCUGGGAGAUGCCAACAAGGUGUCAGCCCGUGGCCCUGGCCUGGAGCCUGUGGGCAAUGUGGCCAACAAACCCACGUACUUUGACAUCUAUACUGCGGGGGCCGGCACUGGUGAUGUCGCCGUGGUGAUCGUGGACCCGCAGGGCCGGCGGGACACAGUGGAGGUGGCCCUGGAGGACAAGGGCGACAGCACGUUCCGAUGCACGUACAGGCCUGUGAUGGAGGGGCCCCACACGGUGCAUGUGGCCUUCGCUGGUGCCCCCAUCACCCGCAGUCCUUUCCCCGUCCAUGUAGCUGAAGCCUGUAACCCUAACGCCUGCCGUGCCUCUGGGCGGGGCCUGCAGCCCAAGGGUGUGCGUGUGAAAGAGGUGGCUGAUUUCAAGGUGUUCACUAAGGGUGCCGGCAGCGGGGAGCUCAAGGUCACAGUCAAAGGGCCAAAGGGCACAGAAGAGCCAGUGAAAGUGCGAGAGGCUGGAGAUGGCGUGUUCGAGUGUGAGUACCACCCUGUGGUGCCUGGGAAGUAUGUGGUGACCAUCACGUGGGGCGGCUACGCCAUCCCCCGCAGUCCUUUUGAGGUACAGGUGAGCCCAGAGGCAGGAGCGCAGAAGGUACGGGCCUGGGGUCCCGGCCUGAAAACUGGCCAGGUGGGGAAGUCGGCCGACUUUGUGGUGGAGGCCAUUGGCACGGAGGUGGGGACACUGGGAUUCUCCAUCGAGGGGCCCUCACAGGCCAAGAUCGAGUGUGAUGACAAGGGGGAUGGCUCCUGCGAUGUGCGGUACUGGCCCACGGAGCCUGGGGAGUACGCCGUGCACGUCAUCUGCGAUGACGAGGACAUCCGAGACUCACCCUUCAUUGCCCACAUCCAGCCAGCCGCACCUGACUGCUUCCCGGAUAAGGUGAAGGCCUUUGGGCCUGGCCUGGAGCCCACUGGCUGCAUCGUGGACAAGCCUGCAGAGUUCACCAUCGAUGCCCGUGCUGCUGGCAAGGGAGACCUGAACCUGUAUGCCCAGGAUGCUGAUGGCUGCCCUGUCAACAUCAUGGUCAUCCCCAAUGGCGACGGCACCUUCCGCUGCUCCUACGUGCCCACCAAGCCCAUUAAACACACCAUCAUCAUCUCCUGGGGAGGCGUCAAUGUGCCCAAGAGCCCCUUCCGGGUGAACGUGGGAGAAGGCAGUCACCCCGAGCGGGUGAAGGUGUAUGGCCCAGGCGUGGAGAAGACGGGCCUCAAGGCCAACGAGCCUACUUAUUUCACCGUGGACUGCAGCGAGGCUGGGCAAGGUGACGUGAGUAUCGGCAUCAAGUGUGCUCCCGGAGUGGUGGGCCCUGCAGAAGCUGACAUCGACUUUGACAUCAUCAAGAACGACAAUGACACCUUCACAGUCAAGUACACCCCCCCAGGGGCCGGCCGCUACACCAUUAUGGUGCUGUUUGCCAACCAGGAGAUCCCUGCCAGCCCCUUCCACAUUAAGGUGGACCCAUCCCACGAUGCCAGCAAAGUCAAAGCUGAGGGCCCUGGGCUGAACCGCACGGGUGUGGAAGUCGGGAAGCCCACUCACUUCACGGUGCUGACCAAGGGAGCCGGCAAGGCCAAGCUGGACGUGCACUUUGCCGGGGCUGCCAAGGGUGAGGCCGUUCGGGACUUUGAAAUCAUCGACAACCAUGACUACUCCUACACCGUCAAGUACACCGCCGUCCAGCAGGGCAACAUGGCAGUGACGGUGACCUACGGUGGGGACCCUGUCCCCAAGAGCCCCUUUGUGGUGAAUGUGGCACCCCCACUGGACCUCAGCAAAGUCAAAGUUCAAGGCCUGAACAGCAAGGUGGCUGUGGGGCAAGAACAGGCCUUCUCUGUGAACACACGUGGGGCUGGUGGUCAAGGGCAGCUGGAUGUGCGGAUGACUUCACCCUCCCGUCGCCCCAUCCCUUGCAAGCUGGAGCCUGGGGGCGGAGCUGAAACCCAGGCCGUGCGCUACAUGCCCCCUGAGGAGGGACCCUACAAGGUGGACAUCACCUACGACGGUCACCCAGUGCCCGGUAGCCCCUUUGCUGUGGAGGGUGUCCUGCCCCCUGAUCCCUCCAAGGUUUGUGCUUAUGGGCCUGGUCUCAAGGGCGGCCUGGUAGGCACCCCGGCACCGUUCUCCAUUGACACCAAGGGGGCUGGCACGGGCGGCCUGGGGCUGACUGUGGAGGGCCCCUGUGAGGCCAAGAUUGAGUGCCAGGACAACGGUGAUGGCUCAUGUGCUGUCAGCUACCUGCCCACGGAGCCCGGCGAGUACACCAUCAACAUCUUGUUUGCCGAAGCCCACAUCCCUGGCUCACCCUUCAAGGCCACCAUCCGGCCCGUGUUCGACCCGAGCAAGGUGCGGGCCAGUGGGCCGGGCCUGGAGCGUGGCAAGGCUGGCGAGGCGGCCACCUUCACAGUGGACUGCUCGGAGGCUGGCGAGGCUGAGCUGACCAUCGAGAUCCUGUCGGACGCCGGUGUCAAGGCCGAGGUGCUGAUCCACAACAAUGCCGACGGCACCUACCACAUCACCUACAGCCCCGCCUUUCCUGGCACCUACACAAUUACCAUCAAGUAUGGCGGGCACCCUGUCCCCAAAUUCCCUACCCGCGUCCACGUGCAGCCUGCUGUCGACACCAGUGGAGUCAAGGUCUCAGGGCCCGGGGUGGAGCCUCACGGUGUCCUGCGUGAGGUGACCACUGAGUUCACUGUGGAUGCAAGAUCCCUAACAGCCACAGGUGGGAACCACGUGACAGCUCGUGUGCUCAACCCCUCGGGUGCUAAGACGGACACCUAUGUGACAGACAACGGGGACGGCACCUACCGAGUGCAGUACACAGCCUAUGAAGAGGGCGUGCAUCUGGUGGAGGUCCUGUAUGAUGACGUAGCUGUGCCCAAGAGCCCCUUCCGAGUGGGCGUGACCGAGGGCUGUGACCCCACCCGCGUGAGGGCCUUUGGGCCUGGCCUGGAGAGCGGCUUGGUCAACAAGGCCAACCAUUUCACUGUGGAGACCAGGGGAGCUGGCACCGGAGGCCUCGGCCUAGCCAUCGAGGGCCCCUCAGAAGCCAAGAUGUCCUGCAAGGACAACAAAGAUGGUAGCUGUACCGUGGAGUACAUCCCUUUCACCGCUGGAGACUACGACGUCAACAUCACCUUUGGGGGGCGGCCCAUCCCAGGGAGCCCGUUCCGGGUGCCGGUGAAGGAUGUGGUGGACCCUGGGAAGGUGAAGUGCUCAGGGCCGGGGCUGGGGGCCGGUGUCAGGGCCCGGGUACCCCAGACCUUCACGGUGGACUGCAGCCAAGCCGGCCGGGCCCCACUGCAAGUGGCCGUGCUGGGCCCCACAGGUGUAGCCGAGCCUGUAGAGGUGCGUGACAAGGGAGAUGGCACCCACACUGUCCACUACACCCCAGCCACCGAUGGGCCCUACACGGUAGCCGUCAAGUAUGCCGACCAGGAGGUACCACGCAGCUACGUGGCCUCACACUCUUCUCUGUUUCCAGUGUCCAUUGGAGGCCAUGGCCUGGGUGCCUGCUUGGGACCCCGCAUCCAGAUCGGGGAGGAGACAGUGAUCACGGUGGACGCCAAGGCGGCAGGCAAGGGGAAGGUGACAUGCACGGUAUCCACUCCGGAUGGGGCGGAGCUCGACGUGGAUGUGGUUGAGAACCACGAUGGUACCUUUGACAUCUACUAUACAGCGCCCGAGCCGGGCAAGUACGUCAUCACCAUCCGCUUUGGAGGCGAGCACAUCCCCAACAGCCCCUUCCACGUGCUGGCGUGUGACCCCAUGCCCCACGUGGAGGAGCCUCCCGAUGUGCUGCAGCCGCACCGGCCCGGCACCUACCCCACACACUGGGCCACAGAGGAGCCAGUGGUGCCUGUAGAGCCAAUGGAGUCCAUGCUUAGGCCCUUCAACCUGGUCAUCCCCUUCACCGUGCAGAAAGGGGAACUCACAGGGGAGGUACGGAUGCCCUCUGGGAAAACAGCCCGGCCCAACAUCACCGACAAUAAGGAUGGAACCAUCACGGUGAGGUAUGCACCCACCGAGAAAGGCCUGCACCAGAUGGGGAUCAAGUAUGACGGCAACCACAUCCCUGGAAGCCCCCUGCAGUUUUAUGUGGAUGCCAUCAAUAGCCGCCAUGUGAGUGCUUAUGGGCCAGGCCUGAGCCAUGGCAUGGUCAACAAGCCGGCCACCUUCACCAUUGUCACCAAGGAUGCUGGGGAAGGGGGCCUGUCCCUGGCUGUGGAGGGCCCAUCCAAGGCAGAGAUCACCUGCAAGGACAACAAGGAUGGCACCUGCACCGUAUCCUACUUACCCACAGCGCCUGGAGACUACAGCAUCAUCGUGCGCUUUGAUGACAAGCACAUCCCAGGAAGCCCCUUCACGGCCAAGAUCACAGGCGAUGACUCGAUGAGGACAUCACAGCUCAAUGUGGGCACCUCCACGGAUGUGUCACUGAAGAUCACGGAGAGUGACCUGAGCCUGCUGACUGCCAGCAUCCGCGCCCCCUCAGGCAACGAGGAGCCCUGCCUAUUGAAGCGCCUGCCCAACAGGCACAUUGGCAUCUCCUUCACCCCGAAGGAGGUUGGGGAGCACGUGGUAAGCGUGCGCAAAAGUGGCAAGCAUGUCACCAACAGCCCCUUCAAGAUCCUGGUGGGGCCAUCUGAGAUCGGAGAUGCCAGCAAGGUGCGGGUCUGGGGCAAGGGCCUGUCCGAGGGACACACCUUCCAGGUGGCGGAGUUCAUCGUGGACACUCGCAACGCAGGUUACGGGGGCCUGGGGUUGAGUAUUGAAGGCCCUAGCAAGGUGGACAUCAACUGUGAGGACAUGGAAGAUGGCACAUGCAAAGUCACCUACUGCCCCACUGAGCCUGGCACCUACAUCAUCAACAUCAAAUUUGCUGACAAGCACGUGCCUGGAAGCCCGUUCACUGUGAAGGUUACCGGUGAGGGUCGCAUGAAGGAAAGCAUCACGCGGCGGAGACAGGCACCUUCCAUUGCCACCAUUGGCAGCACCUGUGACCUCAAUCUCAAGAUCCCAGGGAACUGGUUCCAGAUGGUGUCUGCCCAGGAGCGCCUGACGCGCACCUUCACACGCAGCAGCCACACAUACACCCGCACAGAACGCACGGAGAUCAGCAAGACGCGCGGCGGAGAGACCAAGCGUGAGGUGCGGGUAGAGGAGUCCACCCAGGUUGGUGGAGACCCCUUCCCCGCGGUCUUCGGGGACUUCUUGGGCCGGGAGCGCCUGGGCUCCUUUGGCAGCAUCACCCGGCAGCAGGAGGGGGAGGCCAGUUCCCAGGACAUGACUGCACAGGUGACCAGCCCAUCGGGCAAGAUGGAAGCCGCAGAGAUUGUCGAGGGAGAAGACAGCGCGUACAGUGUGCGUUUUGUGCCCCAGGAAAUGGGGCCCCAUACAGUCACCGUCAAGUACCGCGGCCAGCAUGUACCUGGCAGUCCCUUUCAGUUCACUGUGGGGCCGCUGGGUGAAGGUGGUGCCCACAAAGUGCGGGCUGGAGGCACAGGACUGGAGCGAGGUGUGGCCGGUGUGCCAGCUGAAUUCAGCAUUUGGACCCGAGAAGCUGGUGCUGGAGGCCUGUCUAUUGCCGUGGAGGGUCCCAGCAAGGCGGAGAUUUCAUUUGAGGACCGAAAAGAUGGCUCCUGUGGGGUCUCCUAUGUUGUCCAGGAACCAGGUGACUAUGAGGUCUCCAUCAAGUUCAAUGAUGAACACAUACCAGAUAGCCCUUUUGUGGUACCUGUGGCCUCCCUCUCAGAUGAUGCUCGCCGCCUCACUGUCACCAGCCUCCAGGAAACAGGGCUCAAGGUGAACCAGCCGGCGUCCUUUGCGGUGCAGCUGAAUGGUGCUCGGGGUGUGAUUGAUGCAAGGGUGCACACGCCCUCGGGUGCGGUGGAGGAGUGCUACGUCUCUGAGCUGGACAGCGACAAGCACACCAUCCGCUUCAUCCCCCACGAGAACGGCGUCCACUCUAUUGAUGUCAAGUUCAACGGUGCCCACAUCCCUGGCAGUCCCUUCAAGAUCCGCGUUGGGGAACAGAGCCAGGCUGGGGACCCAGGCUUGGUGUCAGCUUAUGGUCCUGGACUUGAGGGAGGCACUACUGGCGUGUCAUCAGAGUUCAUUGUCAACACCCUGAAUGCGGGCUCAGGGGCCUUGUCUGUCACCAUCGAUGGCCCCUCCAAGGUGCAGCUGGACUGUCGGGAGUGUCCUGAGGGCCAUGUUGUCACUUACACUCCCAUGGCUCCUGGCAACUACCUCAUUGCCAUCAAGUACGGUGGCCCCCAGCACAUCGUGGGCAGCCCCUUCAAGGCCAAAGUCUCAGGUCCCCGGCUGUCUGGAGGCCACAGCCUUCAUGAAACAUCCACAGUUCUGGUGGAGACCGUGACCAAAUCCUCCUCAAGCCGUGGCUCCAGCUACAGCUCCAUCCCCAAGUUCUCCUCGGAUGCCAGCAAGGUGGUGACACGGGGCCCUGGGCUGUCCCAGGCCUUUGUGGGCCAGAAGAACUCCUUCACCGUGGACUGCAGCAAAGCAGGCACCAACAUGAUGAUGGUGGGCGUGCAUGGGCCCAAGACCCCCUGUGAGGAGGUGUACGUGAAGCACAUGGGGAACCGGGUCUACAAUGUCACCUACACCGUCAAGGAGAAAGGGGACUACAUCCUCAUUGUCAAGUGGGGCGACGAAAGUGUUCCCGGAAGCCCCUUCAAAGUCAACGUGCCCUGA